AUGGACGCAGCCCUGGUCUCCAGGAGGCAAAGCAUCCCAGAGGAGUUCAGAGGGGUGACCAUCGUGGAGCUGAUUAAGAAGGAAGGAAGCACCCUCGGGUUAACCAUUUCAGGUGGCACGGACAAAGAUGGAAAGCCAAGAGUCUCCAAUCUGAGGCCGGGAGGACUGGCUGCAAGAAGUGACCAGCUGAACGUCGGGGAUUACAUCAAGUCGGUGAAUGGCAUUAACCUGACCAAGCUGCGGCACGACGAGAUCAUAAGCCUGCUGAAAAACGUGGGCGAAAGGGUAGUGCUGGAAGUAGAGUACGAGCUUCCACCAGCCGUCCCAGAGAGCAGCGCUGGCAUUAUUCCCAAGACCAUUGAGGUGUCCCUCUACAAGGAAGGCAACAGCUUUGGCUUCGUGCUGAGAGGGGGAGCCCAUGAAGACUGGCACAAGUCCAGACCGCUGGUGCUCACCUACGUGAGGCCGGGUGGCCCAGCAGACAGGGAAGGGUCUUUGAAAAUUGGGGACAGGCUGCUGAGCGUCGAUGGGAUCCCUCUGCACAGCAUGACCCAUGCCGAUGCCCUCAACAUCCUGCGGCAGUGCAGCCAGGAGGCACUCUUCCAGAUCGAGUAUGAUGUGACCAUCAUGGAUACCGUAGCAAAUGCUUCAGGUCCUUUACUAGUUGAAAUAGCAAAGACUCCGGGGUCUACGCUAGGAAUCACACUGACGACAACCACGCACCGGAACAAGCAGGUCAUUGUCAUCGACAAGAUCAAGCCAGCCAGUGUGGUGGACAGAUGUGGCGCGUUGCAUGUUGGUGACCAUAUUCUCUCCAUUGAUGGCACGAGCACAGAGCACUGCUCGUUAUUAGAGGCAACUCAGCUUUUAGCUGCCACUUCAGAAAAUGUCAAGCUGGAGAUACUACCUGUUCACCAAAGCAGGCUGCCUUUGAAGCCUCCAGAAACAGUCAAGGUGCAGAAGAGUGACCACCACCACUGCUGGGACCCCUGUGUCAACUACUGUCACACCCACCACCCCGGGCACUGCAAGACGCCCACUUGGAACCAGACGUCUGGACAGGAUUACUGCAAAUCUCUGGUGGCUGCCAACUUCUCAUCUCCCACCAUGAACGCGCAGGGCUUCCCCUGCCAGAACUCGAACACGCUACCUCGCAGCUCCCACCCCAUGAGCCCCCGCACCACCAUGCUGAGGAGGAGGCAGAAGAAAAAGGAGCACAAGAGCUCAUUGUCGCUGGCCUCCAGCACAGUGGGUCCUGGCGGGCAGAUAGUCCACACGGAGACGACAGAGGUGGUGCUCAGGGGAGACCCUUUGAAUGGCUUCGGACUUCAGCUCCAGGGAGGCAUCUUUGCUACCGAAACCCUGUCUUCCCCACCUCUCGUCCGUUUUAUUGAGCCCGACAGCCCGGCAGAGAGGUUAGAGACCUUGCCCUUGGAUGCUGAUGGUGCUGCUGCUGAACAUUUCAUGGUUUGGUGUGGGCUACUACAAGUAGGAGACAGAGUCCUUUCUAUCAACGGCAUUGCGACUGAGGAUGGGACUAUGGAGGAAGCUAAUCAGCUUUUGCGUGAUGCCGCGCUGACGAACAAAGUGGUGCUCGAGGUUGAAUUUGAUGUAGCAGAGUCUGUCAUACCCAGCAGCGGUACUUUUCAUGUUAAAUUGCCCAAGAAAAGAGGUGUAGAGCUUGGAAUUACAAUCAGCUCUGCAAGCAGAAAGCCAGGGGAGCCUUUGAUCAUCUCUGACAUCAAGAAGGGGAGCGUAGCACACAGAACUGGCACCUUGGAACCGGGAGACAAGCUGUUAGCCAUUGAUAACAUCCGACUCGACAAUUGCUCAAUGGAGGAUGCUGUGCAGAUUUUAAGGCAGUGUGAAGACCUGGUCAAAUUGAAGAUUAGGAAGGAUGAAGAUAACUCUGAUGAGCAGGAGACAACAGGUGCUAUUAUCUACACGGUGGAACUGAAGCGAUAUGGUGGCCCCUUGGGAAUAACCAUCUCCGGGACAGAGGAACCUUUCGAUCCUAUUGUCAUUUCAGGCUUGACUAAACGAGGGCUGGCAGAAAGAACUGGAGCCAUCCACAUCGGUGACCGGAUAUUAGCAAUUAAUAACGUGAGCCUCAAGGGCAAACCGCUGAGCGAAGCCAUUCACCUGCUGCAGAUGGCGGGAGAGACGGUCACUCUGAAGAUCAAGAAGCAGACGGAGAAAUCUUAUCCCAAGAAGUCGGGGAGUAUAAACGAAGUGAGCGACCCAGAAGAUGACCUGACGGACUCCCAGAAAACUAGCAAGCUGUCUGAGAUAUACUCCACCACAAUUCCUAGUGUGGACAGUGCUAUGGAAUCCUGGGAUGGCUCCGGCAUUGAUGCUGGGUAUGGAAGCCAAGGUCCGUACGUACCUCAGGCUGCAGGCAUAGCCCUCCAUCCACAUGAGUGGAGACACAGCAGGCAAAAGAGCAGCACCCCUCCAGGGGACCCUAGGAAAAACUACCCCUACAUGGACGGAAGCUUCAGUGAAGAUGACUGGGACAAGCCCAGCAGAUACCCCAACCGCCAAAAUGGCCUUGAGACCACUCACGAGGAUAGUUUUUGGCGUGUUUUUGGAGAAGCUUUGGAGGAUUUGGAAACAUGCGGCCAGUCUGAACUUUUGAGGGAGAUUGAGGCAUCCAUCAUGACAGGGAGCGUGCACAACCUGGGCCUGGAGGGCAGCAAGCUGCUCCUGGACUCUGUCAACCCAUCGGGACUGAGCCCAUUGAGGAAAGCAAACCCCAGCUGUGAUGACAGACAGACUGAGGGCAGCAGCUCCCCUGCUAAGAAGAAUGAGAGGAACUUGGACAUGAAGAAGAUCGAGAAGGAGAUGCAGGAAAUCAUGUCCCCUACCCCCCUCGAGUUUCACAAGAUGACACUGCACAAAGACCCAGAGAGUGAAGACUUUGGAUUCAGUGUGUCGGAUGGCCUGUUAGAAAAAGGUGUCUAUGUAAAUAUGGUCCGUCCGGAUGGGCCAGCAGAUCAGUGUGGCCUCAAGCCAUAUGACAGAGUGCUUCAGGUAAACCACAUCCGAACGAGAGACUUUGACUGCUGUCUGGCUGUUCCCCUGAUUUCGGAGGCUGGAGAUAAGCUGGACCUGGUGAUUAGCCGAAACCCCUUGGCACUGGCUGCCAACGCUCCCCUGGAGGGGAACAGAGAGCUGCCGGCGCAAGUGGCCCACGGCGCCGAGGUCAAGGCGAGCGUCCAGACGCUCUGA